CUGCGGCUUGGCGCCAGGAGCCUCAGCCGCGCGGCUCAGUGGAAGCGACCUUGUCUGGGCGUCGCCGUGGCAACGCGCGGGGCCGUUUCCGGAGGCGGUGGCCGAGGAACGUCGUUUGGAAACUCCAGCGCCAGCAAGACCUUUUCUUUGGUAGCGGGGGCUGGAAGCAGCGGAACUAAAGGCAAGCGGUCCUCGGUUGCUGUGGCGGACGUGGGUUCAAUCUGUCCGUCCUUGCAAGUUUUCCCCAGGGUUGGGACCUAGACGUGCGGCAAGUUCAGGUCCUCCAGCACCAUAGUUUUCAUCGGUGGCCCAAGUUAGAGGCCAACUGAAAAAUCGUCGUGCCUCAGAUUUGUUGACCUACAGAAUGCUUCGAUACCCACAUUUUUGUAGAAUAUAUAAAGAAUUUCUUUCCUGCGGGUUUGAAUCUGGCAUACUUAAUUUAGGUGUCUGGCAAAAAAACACCCAUACUACAGCAGGAAGAUAUAAUGAAUGUGAAGCCCAAGAGCAAACAGAUCAAACUGGAGUUCAGAAGUUCCACAACUCUCCAGAUAGAGAUUGUGAAGCUGUGGCUAAAUUACAUAUUCCAGUAAUGGUGGAUGAAGUUGUUCGAUGUUUGGCACCACACAAAGGGCAGGUUUUUCUAGAUAUGACAUUUGGUUCAGGAGGACACACAAGAGCCAUUCUACAGAAGGAAUCAGAUAUUACUCUUUAUGCCUUAGACAGAGAUCCGACAGCUCAUGCAAUUGCUGAACAGCUUUCAGAAUUGUAUCCUAAACAGAUCCGAGCUAUGCUGGGACAGUUCAGCCAGGCAGAAUCCUUAUUAAUGGAAGCUGGAGUUCAGCCAGGGACUUUUGAUGGAGUUCUUUUGGAUCUUGGGUGUUCCUCCAUGCAACUUGAUACUCCUGAAAGAGGUUUUUCCCUUCGGAAAGAUGGGCCCCUGGAUAUGAGGAUGGAUGGUGGCAGGUACCCUGACAUGCCCACCGCUGCUGAUGUUGUGAAUGCUUUAGAUCAACAGGCACUUGCAUCCAUCUUAAGAACAUACGGGGAGGAGAAGCAUGCCAAGAAAAUAGCUUCAGCAAUCGUUCAGGCACGCACUAUCUACCCCAUCACCAGAACCCAGCAGCUUGCCAGCAUCGUCGCAGGUGCAUUUCCUCCAUCUGCUAUUUAUGCACGAAAAGACUUGCUACAACGAUCUAGCCAUAUUGCUACCAAGACUUUCCAAGCUCUUCGUAUAUUUGUGAACAAUGAGCUCAAUGAACUCUACACAGGACUGAAGACAGCUCAGAAGUUUCUGAGACCUGGUGGUCGCCUUGUUGCCCUCUCCUUCCAUUCACUAGAGGAUCGCAUCAUCAAACGAUUCUUGCUUGGAAUAAGCAUGACAGAAAAGUUUAACCUAAGUGUUAGACAGAAAGUGAUAAAAACAUCACAAUUGGGUUCAGGUCAUGAAAACCAGGAAGGAGUCUCUAUUAAGAAAGCUCCUUUAAUGUGGGAAUUGAUACACAAAAAGGUACUUACCCCAGAAGAUCAGGAUGUACAAGAUAACCCCAGAGGGCGCUCAGCCAAGCUUAGAGCAGCUAUCAAAUUAUAAGAAAGUUACCAUCAUCUUACUCUUCAAAUUGUUCCUUACAGUUUCUCUAAUUUUUUUCCAUGUGAUGUUCCUGAACAGCUUAAUACUGGUUUUAAGUGUGGGACAGUCUGGAAAUUGAUGACAUUUAACAUUAUUUUUUUUCCUCAAAAAGAAACUAGGAAAUAUUAGCAUGACACAGAAAGUUCAGCUCAGGGAUAGCAGCAUCAAGAUGGGAAAAAUGUGUUUAUCUUUGUAUUAUAUUUAACUGCUGAAAUGCAAUCUUUUCUCUGGCCAGGAAAUUUUUUAAAAAGAAUACUAUGUUGUAUUUAUCUAAAUAUGUAAACUCAGUCUGUAAGGAGAAAGAUAUUAUAAUCAUAUUUGCAUGCCCUAAAUUCUGAAUUUAGAUAUUCAAAUUUGCAACAUACUUUCUCUGGAUCAAAUAAUUAAUGAUGAUCAUGGAAUGAAUUUUAAUUUCCUUACUUGUGAAUAAUUAAUUACUAUGGCUUUCUCAAAUAUAGGCUUUCCACAAAUUUUAAAUUUUUAAAUAUUUGUUUUAAAAUGCAUUAUACUAAU